GUAGGAGGGUUAUUUCUAUCACGUGUUUGUCCGAGAGGCCAGAAUUAGGAAGGGUUUGUGCCUUCAGCUACAGUGUUCCCAUGUAGGGCCAUGGAGCCUCCCUGCCUCGCCUAGAAGCCACCCCCAGCAUCUCCUCUCGGGGCCCAUGACAGAUCCCUGCACGCCUCCAGUCAGGCCAAGUGUCCGCCUCCCUGUUCCUAAAGGCACCAGGCACUUGUGUCAGGAAUGCUGAUUUCCGCUGUGCGACUUUUGGUUAUUCCAAAGCAGCUGUCUUUUUUCUAAAUUUUAUGAGGUUAAAAUAAUUCAUUUCAUUAACUUUUCCCUGCACCUUAUCCACUGUGCUAUUUUGAGAUCAAUGCCUGUUCAUUAACCACACUUAAAUCAGGGCAGAAAUAUUUAUUCAUUAUGACAGUUUGUCCCACAGUUUAAACAACAUAAACUAAAACAAGCAAAGUAAAGAAUCUCUGUUUAGUGGUUAAACCACGUCAGGUGCACGGAAUUCUCCCCAGUCGCAGUUUUUGACACGUUCAGUUUAAAGGAGAGAAUGCAGACCACGGGUUCCCAGAGGGCGCAGGGUGGUGCCUGCCCUGCCUGAGGGCCCCCCAGACCUGCUCCGUUCACAUACCUGGCUCCAAGCGCUGUGGGCCACUGACACCGUCCACCCAGGACCACAGCCCCCACUGACAGGGGUCACGGCCUGCAUGUGCCUGAACCUCACACGGAGGAACCGAGCGACCUGGAGCCAGAGGCAGCACCUGCCGGCAGUGCACAGCCUACUAGAUGCAGGUGUUUGUGGAGAAGGUGCUGCAGAGACUUUUUCCUCGUGUUCCAAGUGGCCAAGGAAAGAGAGAACCCCAGACACUGGCCGUCCAAAAUCCACCAAAGAAAGUGACCUCUGAGAAAGUGAGCCGGAAAGAUGCUCAGCCUUUGACAGACGCUGGCUCUGAGACCCCGACUGCCCGACGGCUCUACACCGCCAGCGGGCCUCCCGAGAGCUACGUCCCCUGUUGGCCGGAGCCCAGCAGCUGUGGGAGCCCCGAGAACGCCUCCAGCGGGGACAACACAGAAGAUCAGGAUCCUCAUGACCAGCCAAAGAGAAAAAGAAUUAGGAAGCAUAAAUCAAAGAAAAAAUUUAAAAAUCCCAAUAAUGUUCUUAUAGAACAAGCAGAAUUAGAGAAACAGCGGAGUCUGUUACAGGAGAAAUCUCAGCAACAGCACACAGAUGGCACCACAAUAAGCAAAAAUAAAAAAAGGAAACUGAAAAAGAAACAGCAAAUUAAAAGGAAGAAAGCAGCCGGCUUGGCAGCAAAGGCUGCUGGUGUCAGUUUCAUGUACCAGCCGGAGGACAGCAGCAGUGAAGGGGAAGGCGUGGGAGAGGCUGGUGAGGAGGACGGAGCGGACGCCAGUGAGGAAGAUCCGACACCGGCCGGGCAGGAAGACAUUAAAGACACCAGGGAGGAAGAUGGUGCGGAUGCCAGUGAGGAAGAUCCGACACCGGCCGGGCAGGAAGACAUUAAAGACACCAGGGAGGAAGAUGGUGCAGAUGCCAGUGAGGAAGAUCCGACACCGGCCGGGGAGGAAGACAUUAAAGACACCAGGGAGGAAGAUGGUGCGGAUGCCAGUGAGGAAGAUCCGACACCGGCCGGGGAGGAAGACGUUAAAGACACCAGGGAGGAAGAUCCAACACCGGCCGGGGAGGAAGACGUUAAAGACACCAGGGAGGAGGACGGUGUGGACGCCAAUGAGGAAGACCUGACACGGGCCGGGGAGGAAGACGUUAAAGACGCCAGGGAGGAGGAUGGUGCGGAUGCCAGUGAGGAAGAUCCGACACCGGCCGUGGAGGAAGACAUUAAAGACGCCAGGGAGGAGGACGGUGCAGAUGCCAGUGAGGAAGACCCGACAUGGGCUGGGGAGGAAGAGGGUGCAGACUCCGGGGAGGAGGAUGGUGUGGAUGCCAGCGAGGAAGAUGAUACAAUUACCAAUGAAAAGGCAGACAGUAUUCUAAAUUUUUUGAAGUCAACACAAGAAAUGUAUUUUUAUGACGGUGUCUCCAGAGAUGCAGCUUCAGCCGCCCUUGCAGAUGCCGCUGAGGAGCUGCUGGACCGUCUUGCGUCACACAGCAUGCCGCCCUCAGACGUGACCAUCCUGUACCACAUGAAAACGCUGCUGCUUCUGCAAGAUACUGAGAGAUUGAAGCAUGCUCUGGAAAUGUUCCCAGAACAUUGCACGAUGCCUCCUGACCAUGCCAGAGUAAUCUCAGCUUUCUUUAGUUACUGGAUCACACAUAUCCUUCCUGAGAAGAGCAGUGACUAAAAUGGAAUAUCUCUUUAAGAACAGUUCCUCUUUAACAAAAAAACUUAAAAGACAAAUGUGAGAUGGGCUUAGAGUUAGUCCUCUGGGAACUUGAAAGACAUUUCUGCCGUAUUAUUUAUUCAUGUGUUUGUUCCUGGUGGGCAAGAUGCCAUCUGAGGCUUUGGAUGAGAAACUGGGGUAAAAUGGAAAUUUUUCACUUAUUUGCAAUUGUAUAUGUCUUGAAUUACUACAUAAAACUUGAUUCUGUUUUUGUACUUAUUGUAAAAAUUGAAAAUGGACAUUCUGUUAAGUUAAACUGUAUAGUGUGAAGCUCAUAUAUUUUUAUGAAGUUUUGAAUCACCUUGUAUCUGAAAGUCUCUGUUUUAAGAAUGCUUUCUGGGUAUUAAAAUGUUCUAGUUUAA